AUGGGGAAAGAAAAUAUAAGAAGAGAAAUCAUAUUUCAAGAAGAAGAGGAGGAGGACAGGAAUAUGAAAAAGGAGGAGGAGAAGAAGAGGAAGAAAAAAGGAAGAAAAAUGCAGCCCAACAGCAUAAUUUCAGUAGCAGUUGUGAUGACAUUAGCAACAUUAUUCACACAAGCAGUUUGCAGUCUACAGUUUGAAACAACACAAGAUAGAGUGCCAGCAAAAAGACUGUUCUGGGUAGACAAGAAAGACCAUCCCGUAGAUACAGACUUUUUCACAGUAAGGGCCAACGAUGCCGAAGAGAUUCUUGAUUGCUUUGUGGAAGUGUGCAUAGCAGAUUUCAUCAACUGUGCAAAGAAGUGCUUGUUCUAUGAAAACGGAAGUUCAUGCUUGCCAUCAUGUCGUCAUACCAGAUCAAUCUGUAGUGUCCAAUGCUUCAAGAGAUAUGACGUAGGUGUCAGUGAUAUCCCAUCAGUCCACUGAGAAAAAAAUAAAAAAAUCCCUUGAGAAAAAUUAAAAUAAAAAUUAGCAACAGACCCAUCUUUAAUGAAACGAAUUAAAGUUAAUUUAUUUUGUUUGAAAGAUACUAUGCGUAGUUUCCUUUAAGAGAACGUAUCUUGACCUCGACAUUAAUAACCAUGAUAUAAGAUAUAACUAAAAGUACAAAAGAACAGUUGUUUUAUUAAAUCCAGGUGAGUUUAAAGUGUAAUUUUUUCAUUCUUCCUUUCUAAGAAUGUGGAGAAAAAAUAGUUUUUUUAUAUUUUUUUUACUAAUGUGUAAAUCAAUUCCCCUAUUUAUACAGCAGUACAUAGAACGCCGGUUUCUCUUCUUUGCAAUUUGUAAGUUCCUGGAGGGAAACAUUUGAACAAAAAUUACUGUAUAUCUUAAAAAUACAUAGAAGAUGAAUUUUAGAUUCUUCAGCAAAUCUUAUUGAAUUAUGUUUUUUUGAACAUGUUGAAUUCCGAAUUUUCUUCUCUGUCUGAAUGAAAAAAAGUAUCUGGUAAAAGAAAACGUUUAAAAAAAGUGUGACAUAUUUCAGCAUCGAUCAUAAGAAUUCGAAGAUUCUCCGUCCAAUCCGGUACUUUGUUUUAAUUCAUAAGACAUAUUAUUUGCAUAGCUACGGAUACGAUAUUUUAUCCCUAGUAAAGCAAAAUUAUGAAACAGUUUUGAUUAGAGAAAAAAGUUGAUUAAUUUUUUUUCUCAGUAAACAGUGUUCCAGACCCUUGCCGAAGAAAUCAAAAGCAGUUAAAAUAAAUCUCAAACUAGGAAUGGUACAAUCCCCCAAUUCAAAGUAUUUUGGCAAUAUUAAACGCUUAAUCCGAUUUUUUUAUUUACUAAUUAUUUUUUUAAAAAGUUACUUCGUUCAUUCGUCAAAGUAAAAUGUGUAAAUAUAUUAUCUUAAUAAUUUUACAAUGAGAUACAUAAACGAAUAUAUAUUUAGAUUUGUAUUAUUUGAGCUGUAGUGAUUGUUGAAAUAGAUUUGAGAAAGGCCUGAAAACUUGUAUUUUCUGAUAUUAAUCAUUCGUUCAUGUUUUUCUCCCCAUCAUAUCUGUCGCAUCGAAAACCGGGCAAUACAUAAGGCAAUUCAAAAUUUAUAAUAUUAAAUUAAAUCCCAACACGAUACUUUUAAAGAUAUUCCUUUACAAAUUUUGGAAGUUAUAUUUUCCCUUUUUAAUCUUUCAAGGAACAACUCGGUUUUGAUUGGUGUUGAUUAACACGAUAUCCCAACUGUUUUUUAAACAACUGUCUUUGUAAGUAAGGACUCUGUAGUGCUCUAUAUAGUAUUAACAAGUAAUAUAUAAGAUGAAUAUUGGUAAUACACUUCGAAAGUUUUCUCCUAAUAAGUUUAAAUCUACUGGUGAUGGUAACAUUUAAAGGGAAGGUGAUCUAUAUAGUUAUAACUCCAUCUACGUCUUCUUCGGAAAACUGAUGGUUGAACGAGAAGAGUAAGGCGUACACGAGUAACGCACGUAGGUGUGUCAGAAUGAGUGGGGCGUUCGAAUAAAAUAAGUAAAUAUGGAUCCCGGGAUAUGGAUGGUAUAGAUAGGAGCCCAUACAUAACUGUAUAGUAUUGGCAUGAUACUUGAAGUUCCAUGCAAUUACAAUACGAUGUCUGUCUUGUAUCAUUUGGGAAAUUGAAAUACCAAACAUGUACAUGAGCUAAUGAUGUUCAUAUUUUCUCCAAGAUAGUUUGGUAUUGUACACUAUUGCACUUAAGCUAAGAGAACACCCUUGUGUAUUAAAAUAGCAGUGCUGAUUUAUGUAAAUACGUUAAAAUCAAAGUUUUAUUUGCCGCGAGAGGACAAAGUAAAAUUGUUUACAAUAAAUUACUUCAAUAUCAAGGAUAGAAAGGUGUUAAAUGAUUACCCUUGUCUGUGCUUUUUCUUAAUGUCAGGAACAUAAUGUCAAAUAAUAGUAUAAAAGUGGAUAAGACUAAUUUACCUUAAUCUUAAUUUACCUUACUGCAAAUACAUGUUGAAGUAACGAGAGUCUUUGAUCAGAAAGACAUUUUUGAUUGCAAACACGAUUGUAACAAUACAGAUAUUGUUGGUAUCAAUGCGUUAUAAAUUGAUUACAGUAACCACUCCGAUAGCUAAGUAACGGUUACGACAAUGACAAGGAGAAUGUCUCUGUUUUAAAAGCAUGCUUACUGUGAAAUUGUUCAGGAAUCAGGAUUGUCUAUUUUUCCAUAAUUGAUUGCUUCAUGUUCGGGUAUAGUUUGGGGAUUGUGGAAAGGAGAGCUAGGAGGGGAAAAGGACAUGGAAAAUGUAACCAAAACAUUACACAGUACUAAAAGGUGAUUUGGAAAAGCCAAAUGUCUCACUUGCAUAUGACCACAACUACUUUAGAAAUAAUAACUUUUAAUAUCUGUCACUUUGAAUGUUUCUGGUUGUCACAUGUGGUGAUUGAAAUUAUGUGCUUGAUUUCUAUUGAAGAAAAAAAUGGCACUUCCAAAUAUUACGAAUAUAAUAAUUUCGUCAUUAGUAAUAAUGAUAUGGAUGUAUAUGUUUAUAAAGAUAAAGCAUACGACCAAUACAUUUGAGAUAUAUCGGGAGUUUUCCACCUAAUUUGGGGGUAAAUAUUUAUAUUACUUUGGAAAUUGUUUUUGCAAAUUAUGAUAGUUGAUUAAAAGAUUGAAGUUUA